AUGCUAGCCAAACUGAUUUCCCCCCGCACUUCUAGCGCUCAGCUUGUGAACCCGCUUUCCCGGGCUGUUUUUGGCUCAUUUCAAAGCAAAGCUACCGGCAACCUUGUCAACCAGUACUCGACCAGUGUUCAGCUUAAAAUACCACCUAUCAAGCGAGUAGGCGAAACAGAGGAGCGCAAGAGAGCUCGUCUGGUUUAUCAGUCUCGUAAAAGAGGCAUCCUCGAAACCGAUCUGCUGCUGUCUCGUUUCGCGGCCAAACACUUAAACUCGAUGACCCCUGAGGAACUUGACGAGUACGACUCCCUUCUCGAUGAAUUGGAUUGGGAUAUUUAUUACUGGGCGACCAAGAACUACGAAAUCACUCCGCUGCCGGAAAAGUUCAAAAAUUCUAAGCUGCUCAAGAAGCUUCAGGACUUCAGCGAGAAUAGGGAAAAGGAAAUUCUGCGGAUGCCAGACUUGCAGAACAAGUGA